GAGAGUUUCAGACUUUCAGGGAGAGGUCCCGGGUUCGAGGGAUGGGCCCUCCUUUUUUCUACGGAUAUUACACGGUCUUACCUUAUUCCGAAUGAAUUAUUGUAUCCACUGAUCCACAAGCUAAGAAAGAAGAGACUUUGGCGACAGAGGUGAUAGAAAUUGGGAGGUCUUUCAUCAAUAAUCUCUUGCCGGUAGACAUGGCUGCCGCACUCCAAAUCUCUAGCUCCCUUUUCACUUCAGUCAUCGAUACUACAACUAUCUCACAGCCGGUGAAGCUCUGUAUCAGCUCUCCAUUUAAGACUUUGAGCGUAGCUCGGUUUGGAACUUCCUUUGCAUCUGGUUCCACUCUUUUAUUGAAGACCUCUUAUCGAACUAAACCUGCCAGUAGAAGAGCACUGAUUACAGUAAGAUGCGAGCAGAGUACCAAUGAAAGCAGUGGUUUGGAUAUUUGGCUCGGUCGAUUUGCAAUGAUUGGAUUUGCUGCUGCUGUUGGUGUUGAAAUAUAUACUGGCAAAGGACUACUUGAGAACUUUGGGCUAACAAGUCCCUUGCCAACAGCUGCCCUUGCAAUUACAACAUUGGUGGGCGUUCUUACUACAGUUUUCAUUUUCCAAUCUGCUUCUAAGAGCUGAUUACUUGGUUUACAUGUGUUUUAUAGUAAAGUGAAAUUCUCAUGACACAUUCUUAAUUAAAUACAACUCCUAUCAUCACAUAAGUGUAUCAUGGCAGUAACACCAGUAAGCAGUUACCGGGUACGGCGGAAGGCAGAGAGUGAACUUG